UCAGCACCAACUCCCAGUCCCUACUUUAAUUUCUUUUUCCUUCCUCUUUAAGCCCUCACUUCUUAAGCAUUUUCCCUCAGAAUUUAUUCCCUCUCUCUGUGUUUUCAACUCAGUUUUCUUACAAAAACAUUUUCUUCUUCUUGCCUUUCCCUUUGCUAUUGUUCCAAUGGCUACAUCAGAAGGAAAACCAGAAACCAAACAAGAAGCUAAACCAGAGGUUGAAGAAAACCAAGAACCUCCUCUCAAGUACAAGGCUUGGGUGUUGAAAGUCUCCAUUCAUUGUGAAGGUUGCAAGAGGAAAGUCGAAAAGAAACUGAGAAAAAUCGAUGGCGUUUACGAGGCUUAUGCUGAUUUGAAACAACAAAAAGCAACUGUAAAAGCCAACGUACACGUAAAUCCGGAGACUUUGAUCAAGAAGCUAGUUAAGAAAGGGAGACAUGCAGAGAUAUGGCCUGAAAAAUCUGAACAAAAAGAGAAAAGGCAAGGGAAAUCGAAGAACAAAGGCAAACAAGUUGCCCAUGAUGAAGCUAAUGAUAACAGUAACCAUGGCGGCGAGAAAGAGAAAGAAACGGUGAAAAACGAAGCCUCCGUUCAUCAAGACGACGGUGCUAAAAGCUCCGAGAAUGGUGCCGGGUCAAGCAAGGUGGCUGAGGGGAAGCAAAAUGUGACCCAUGAUCAAGCCAAGGAACCGAAACCUGAGGUGAAGCAAAAUGUGACCCCGGCGGCUGGUAACCAGUCCCCGGGGGAUGAGAAGAAAGUUGGAGGCGGUGAUGGUGGUGGUGCCGGCGGUGAAAGUGAGGGUAAUGCUGCUGAGAGUGGCAGUGGCAAUAUGAGUAAAAAGAACAAAAAGAUGGGGCAAAAGGCAAAUACGAAUGCUAAUGCUGAUGAAAAGGAACAUCACGGCAAAGCUGCACCACCAACCAUUGGAUCACAUUUCAAAGGUCAAGGACCCCAUGGUCCGAUUCCCAUAUCAUCUCCAGCCAAUCACGGCCCGCCACAUCAGCACCCGAUGUACGAGUACCCGACGUACUACAAUGCACCGCCGAUGUACCUCACUAGCUACAACACGGCGUAUCCAAGUAGUAGCUAUAGUACAUCGUAUUACACCUCACCUCCGCUGUAUUCGUAUGCGUAUAUGCACCCGGGCCACAUGAGCGAACGUCCACCGCCUGAUCCAGACAUGUACUCAUCGUAUCCAUCGUACUCAUCCCGACAGUCCGAUUCGUUCGAGAUGUUCAGCGACGAAAACCCGAACGCAUGUUCGAUAAUGUGACAUGUAUAAAGAAUACCGAGCUUAUACAAGUAUAAGUGUGUUUUGUGGGGGUAUAAUUUUGCAAUGUAUGUAGAUAUGGAAGGAAACCUUGUACUCGAAGUUAGGUUAAAGCAAUAAGAGUGGUGGAAAAGAUGGUGUAGGGCCUUUGCCCCACUCC